ACAUUGAAUAUGUUAUGAACUGAUACAGCACUUACAAGUCUAGCAGAAGUAGAUUCCAUGAAUUCUUUGAAAUCCAUUGAUAUCUUGCCCCUACCAACUAGGCAGCUGACUCUGGGAGCACCGAAAACAUAACCUGACCAUUUUCAUCGUGUUGAUAUUAAUUUCAGCAAACAAAUUUUCAAGCCUGCAUCGCUAUUUAGUAUUAAAAAUACUCGUUAUUGUAACCAACUUUCAGUAGUCCAGAUUUUAGUGUUUAAUUCUGUGAAUUUUGUAGGCCUACAGCAUUCCAUAUUUCAGUCUGAAUUUGUUGCUGAAGUUUAUUAUAUGCAAAUGGCUCUUACACUACCUGCUAGUGGUAACCUUGCUGUUGCAGAGGAAGAGCCAAAAAGUAUUAAGGCUAUAUUGCUUGGUCCACCUGGAGCAGGCAAAGGAGUUCAGGCACCAAAGUUAGCAUCCAAGUAUUGCUUAUGUCACCUAGCGACUGGAGACAUGCUGCGGGCUGUAGUGGCGUCAGGGUCAGAACUGGGGAAGAAGGUGAAGAAGGUGAUGGACAGUGGUGCUCUUGUAAGUGAUGAGUUGGUGGUAGAGAUGAUCGACAGCAGGCUCGACCAACCGGAAUGCAGGAAUGGUUUUCUACUGGAUGGCUUUCCAAGGACUGUCGUUCAAGCCGAAAAGCUUGACAACUUAUUGGCUAAGAGGAUGACUGAACUAGAUGCUGUGGUAGAGUUUGCUGUUGAAGACGUGCUCCUCGUGAAGAGAAUCACCGGGCGUCUGAUCCAUCGUGCUAGUGGUCGUAGCUACCACGAGGAGUUUCACCCUCCGAAAGUGCCAAUGAAAGAUGAUAUAACUGGGGAACCAUUAAUGAAACGUUCAGAUGACAAUGCUGAGACGCUAGGCAAACGACUGAAAGCUUAUCAUUCGCAGACCACGCCCCUCAUCGAUUAUUAUCAGAAACGAGGAAUACAUUAUGCUGUUGACGCAUCUAAAAAACCGGACGAGGUAUUUGCAUGCAUUCAGGCCGUAUUUUCAAAAGCAUCAAGCAAAGACCAGGUCGUUUUCCAGUAAAUAAUUAUAUUAUUUUCCAUAGAAUAUAACAAAGUGAUACUUAGAAUAAAUUAAUUCAUUGUUUUGGAAAUUUUCAAUUUUAUUGAUUUUUAUCUUAUAUGCUAUAAGAAUAAAUAAAACCUCAAUGCAGUGUAUCAAA